AUGGAGCUUCUUGUGAGUGUCUUGGCGCUCGUGACUGCUGCAUCGGCUCUUCCCUAUGGCUAUAACUUACCUACGCCCUCUGGUCCGCCUUUUACUCCUCCAAGUUGCAACAAUGAUGAAGUGCUUCACGUAGACGGCAAGUGCGUUACGCCUAAAGUGCACCAACGCGUGUUUGUGUAUGAUGUGCCAUCGAACGUAGCUAUUGUAAACGGAUCAAAGCAUAUUGCGGAACCGAAAGUGGAACGCAAUAUCAUUUUUGUGAGACUCCCUGAUGGUCCUGCAGGACCUGAACCGAUCGUCAUACCUCCCCCGCGACAGCAACACGUCUUGUAUGUUCUUAAUAAACAGUCGGACCAGAGUCAGCAAGUGAUCGAGGUGCCAGCGCCACCACCUUCGGAUCCCGAAGUGUUCUUCGUGAACUACGCAGAAGGGGAAAACCCAGCUCUUCCUGGUGGAGUAGACCUUCAAACGGCGUUGAGUUCAGCUUCUCUAGAGGAAGGUAAAAUAGUCAGCAAUGCUCAGACUGGAGGUGGUAUCGGAAACUGUACCGCGGCCGAUGACGAUGGUCACUUUGGAAAUGAUGUCAGCAGUAGUACCGGAAGUACCCACGGUAACUUCGACAAUACCGGAAGCGACAUUGGAGGCGGUAUCGGUAGUGGUGCUGGAGUCGAUUUCGACGGUAACUUCGGAAAUGUUAUUGGAGGCAAUGUCGGAAGUGGCUUUGGAGACGGUAACCAAGGUAAUACCGGUACCGGUGGCGUGACCGAUGGCGUGACCGGUGGCGUGGCCGAUGGCGUGGCCGAAAGUGAUAUCCGAAGUGGUAUUUACACUCUGCCCACGAACGACUACUCCCCUCCUUCCACAUCCCACAAAACCCAUUAAAAUGGAUUUUAUUCCUAACAUACUGAGUAUUGUGAGGACGAGAUAAAUUCGUAUGGAUAAACGUAUAUAGGGACAAUGUAUGUACAUGAAUGAUUAGCUAAAUACAGAAAAAGAGUUUAAGGUAUAGAUUUUUUCUUAUCUAGUGUAGCAAGCCAACUAUUUAUAUUGAAUUUCUUUUUUUUCCUCAGCAGUCUCUCCACACACACACACA